AUUUAAUUUCAUUUUAGAGGAUACGUACGUGUACGCGCUGAGUGGAUUGCUACGUUGCGCUCGUUGAAUUAUCUUUAUUUUUUUCCUUCCCCUGCGAAUAGAUGCAACUCAGGAUCGACCCACGUUACUUUUUUGACAGUAGUUCUGCGGGUGGAGGUAUCCCAAUAGAGUAUCCAUGACAUGGGUUAUCUGCCAUUAUGAAAAUGAACCUGGGGUUUGGUCUGAACAGUGAUAAACUAGCCGAAGAUGUUUUGCAUCCGCCCAAUGUUCACCAUUAGAACCGAAAUUCUAUUCGCUAUACGCUAAUUGGACAGAGUUGUCAGCUCCUUCGAAAUCCCCGACGAUCUUCUUUGCAAAACUAUUUAUUGAUUCCGGACGGAUGUUCAACGCGUUGUGCGAAGCACGGCUGGUUUCUUUUAGUUUUUACACCCAAGGGAAUUCACGUACUUCGUGAAUGUAUACAAAAUAAGUUAUAUCCAUGACCAUACGGUACUUUUAUCUAUGAUGUUUACUGAACGUUGAGUUGUCAUGUCUGCAUCAAACCAAACCUCGCCUCAAUCCGCAACUGGGAAUGGGCCUCGUAAUCACCACAGUCCGGCUAUAGCGUACUGCUCAACCUGUAGGAGGAACGUUACCACCGAAGUGCAAAUAUCUUACUCGAAGAUUGCGCACAUUACUUGUAUCCUCUGCAUUGUUGCUGGCUGUUUUUUCGGAUGCUGUCUUCUUCCAUAUUUCUCGAUGUGUUUCGUCACCGCAAAACAUUACUGCCCGGACUGCAAUACCCAUUUAGCAUCUCACAACUCUAUUCUGGAAGCUUUGCACUAGGAAGAAGGGCCCAUUCAUCUGCUAAGGCACGUCGGCACUUCUCAUUUAUAGACACUA